AGAGGCUGCAGGAGGAGAAUGCCAGCGCUGGAAGAUCAAUACAGUGAGAGAGCGAAAGAGAACAAGACAGGGGGUAGAGAGGCAUAGGGAGGCUCGGGGAAGGAAAGAGAAUGAAACAGGGGGUGUCGCUGCCCGAGAGAGAGAGAGAGAGAGACGGAUAGAGCAAGAGACGGAGUUAGAGCGAGAGCAAGGUGCACACGUUGCUCAGCCUCCUCAUUGCAGCCGCGACAGGCAGCCAGAGAGGAGCUCCAGUCGAACCCGUGGCAACAAUAGACUACAGAAAACACAGCUUGACCAAUCAAUAGACCUCUGCCAGAAACAUUGUGAGCCGGAGAGAGCUGCUCAAGGACCACGGAGGAGCAGAUAAGGUGAAGGUCUGAGGCAAUUACAGCGCCGCUUUCCAAAACUAGAAAACUACUGGGAAAAUUCCAGAGCAGCAGACGGCACUAGUUAUCCUUCUUUGUGGUGAGACAGGAGGAACAUCAGCACUGGCACUUAAGUGCCAAUCAGAGGUCUAUUUGUGGAGUUGAUGAUCUCACCCUAGUGCCCGAGUUGUGAUGUGGGGGUGCGCCAUGGCAAUACAAGGUUCAGUAGUGAGCCUGGCUCUACUGUUCUUCGGGAUUCAAGCUGUUCCCAGCCCCACCAGCAAACUAGUGAGGACCACAAGGGUGAGGCGACAGGUUCCAGAGGGGGGCGAUCCUGCUGACAACCAGAUGCAGCCUAUGGUCUUCAAUCACGUAUACAACAUCAACGUACCUGUAGAGUCCCUCUGUUCAGUGGACCUAGAUGCGGUGACAGGUCCAGAGACGAACAAAACAGCAUCUGGGAGUGAUAAGAUGCCGACGGAGUACACAGAGGAAACAGUGGACUCGGACAGCCAGGUGACCUUCACCCAUCGCAUCAAUAUCCCAAAGCAGGCCUGUGCUUGUCCUUCAGCUACCACCAUAGAGCAGCUGGCAAGCCGCAUAGAGAUGCUGGAGAGAGAGGUGUCGCUGCUUCGAACGCAGUGUAGCUCCAGCUGCUGCGGAGAGAGCUCUGUCAUGGGUCGCCUAGACUUCGUCCCUCAGUGCGGCCAUGGCACAUUCAGUAUGGAGGUUUGCGGGUGUGUUUGUGAAGAAGGCUGGAUUGGCAAGAACUGCACUGAGCCACGCUGCCCAGACGACUGCUCGGGCCAGGGCAUUUGCAUCGAAGGCGAUUGUGUUUGCGACCGUAAUUUCGGUGGUGAAAACUGCUCCGAGCCACGAUGUCCAAGUGACUGCUCUGACAGGGGCUUGUGUAUUGACGGGGAGUGUGUUUGUGAGGAGGCCUUCGCGGGGGAGGACUGCUCACUGGGCAGAUGUCUAAACGACUGCUCGGAUCAAGGGGCCUGUGUGAACGGAAGCUGCCAGUGCCGAUCCGGCUUCCUGGGGGAAGACUGCUCGCUCAUCUUCUGCGCUAAUAACUGCAGCCAGAGAGGUGUGUGCAAGGAGGGCUUCUGCGUCUGUCAAGAGGGAUACACAGGAGAUGACUGCACUUCAGUUUUACCUCCAAUGAAUCUGCGAGUUCGGGGAGUGUCAGAAAACACCAUUGAUCUACAGUGGGAAGGCCCAGCGAUCCUGACAGACUAUCUCAUCACUUAUGCCCCCACAACUCCAGGCGGAGUCCAGCUAGAAAUGAGAGUCCCGGGAAAUGUUACCAACAUCACCAUCAAAGGUUUAAAUCCGGGUCUGGAGUACAAUGUCAACGUGUAUGCAGUGAUUGACAACAUCAUCAGCUCCCCAAUGAACACCUUAGUCUCCACCUAUCUCUCAAAUCCAGACGGUUUACUCUUCAAAUCCAUCAUGGAGACAUCCGUGGAGGUUCAAUGGCAACCCUUAGACUACUUGUUUGAUGGUUGGGAAAUAAGCUUCAUUCCCAAGGACAAUGAUGGAGGGAUGACAGCACAGCUACCCAGUACCAUCACAUCUUUCCACCAAACGGGACUGAAGCCUGGAGAAGAAUACACUGUCAACCUGGUGGCCCUGAAAGACCAAGGCAGGAGCCUGCCUGUUACCGCAACUGUUACCACACUGAUUGAUGGGCCAAUACAGCUUAUUGUGCGAGACAUCUCAGACACGGUUGCGUUUGUGGAGUGGAGCCCACCCAAGGCUAAAGUGGACCAGAUUAUACUGCGUUAUGGGCUGGUAGGGGUAGAAGGGCCAAAAACCACCUUUCGCCUUCAGCCUACUCUGAGCCAGUACUCACUCCAAGUCCUGAGGCCGGGAUCUACAUAUGAAGUAUCAGUCAGUGGAGUCCGCAAUGGCACUGAGAGUGGAGUUAUUUCAACAGAAUUCACAACAGAAAUCGAUGCGCCGAAGAACCUGAGAGUGCUGUCAAAAACUUCUAUUAGCCUGGAGCUGGAAUGGGACAAUAGUGAGGCUGAUGUUGAGGGUUACAGUGUGGUCUAUAGCACACUUGCCGGUGAUCAGUAUGACAAAGUCAUUGUCCCACGCAAUGAUGGUCCAAGCACUAAAACUACUCUCAAUGAACUAAUGCCUGGCACUGAGUAUGGAAUAGGAAUUUCAGCUGUACUUGGUGCCAACCAAAGCACCCCAGCAACGAUGAAUGCCAGAACAGGUCUGGACGUCCCAUUAGAUUUGACUGUUACAGCCUCCACCGACAACACCAUCACCCUUUUAUGGGGCACAGUGCAGGGGCCUAUUGAUCACUAUAGGGUGACUUACACAUCAUCCAGUGGAGUCACAACUGAGCUCACUGUGCCUAAAGACGUCACCACCACCACACUGACAAGCCUAGAGCCGGGCACCAAAUACACAAUCACUGUGGCAGCGCAACGAGGCAGGCAGCAGAGCACGGCGGCCACUAUCGAUGCCUUCACAGGAAUGGAUCCUCCUAGAGACAUCACUGUGCUGUAUGUCACUGAAGAAUCUGUAACCAUAACAUGGAUUCAACCCCUCGCUCUCUUUGAUUACUACAGAAUGUCUUACCAAUCAUCUAAAGGAAGGAUGGACAGUGUGGUGAUUGACAACGACAUUAAUAACUAUACCCUAACCAGCCUCCAUCCAGCAACAGAGUAUGAAAUCAAGCUGAACGCAGUGAGAGGAAGCCAAGAGAGCAAGGUCAUCACCACUACCGUAUUCACAGCUAUGGACAUGCCAGCGGAGCUCACUGCACUGAACGUUACACCCCAAGGGGCUCUGCUGCGCUGGAACCCCCCAGCUUCCAGUGUUGAUAACUACGUGCUCACUGUCACCCGGAACCAAGUUACAGCAGACACCUUCUUAGUGGAGGGUAACAAGCAGGAGUAUCAGCUGAGUCAGCUCAUCCCCAGCACCACCUACUCAGUGGCCCUUUAUGCCACCAAAGGUCCUCUCACCAGCGGCACGGUCAUCUCCAACUUUGUCACACCCAUGGAUGCUCCCCAGAACCUGACAGCUAGUGAGAUUAACCAUCGAAGUGCCCUCAUAUCCUGGCAGCCACCCAUCGCAGACAUCGACAAUUACAUGCUGACCUACAAAGCAGCGGAUGGCAGUCGAAAGGAGCUGAUCUUAGAUGCGGAAGACACAUGGAUUCGUCUCGAGGGGCUGGCGGAGACCACCGAAUAUACUGUGAGACUGCAAGCCGCCAGAGGAUUAGAAACCAGUGCUAUUGUUUCUACAUCUUUCACAACAGGAAACCGAUUGUUUCCAACGCCACAGAACUGCGCGCAACACCUCCUAAACGGCGAGACUCUAGGUGGGAUCUACACUAUCUACGUCAACCGAGACCUCAGUCAAGGCGUGCAGGUUUACUGUGACAUGACCACUGAUGGAGGCGGCUGGAUAGUGUUUCAGAGACGUCAAAACGGUUUGACGGAUUUCUCCAGAAAGUGGACUGACUACAAGAUCGGCUUCGGCAACCUGGAGGACGAAUUCUGGCUCGGUUUGGACAACAUUCAUAAGAUUGCAGCUCAAGGUCGUUACGAGCUUCGUAUUGACAUGAAGGAUGGCCAGGAGUCUGUAUACGCCAACUAUGACAGGUUUUCCAUUGGGGACUCCAAGAGCCUUUACAAACUGAGGAUAGGAGAGUACAAUGGCACCGCAGGAGAUUCUUUGAGCUACCACCAGAGCCGACCUUUCUCUACCAAGGACAAAGACAAUGACAUUGCUGUCACCAACUGUGCACUGUCUUACAAGGGAGCCUGGUGGUACAAAAACUGUCAUCGGGCAAACCUUAACGGCAAAUACGGAGAGUCUAGACAUAGUCAGGGUAUAAACUGGUAUCACUGGAAAGGCCAUGAGUUUUCCAUCCCUUUUGUGGAGAUGAAGAUGAGACCGUUCAACUACCGCAGCAUCAGUGGCAAACGGAGGAGAUCCACUCAUUAAUCUACCGUCCUUCUAGCGCUUUCUAUUUUUAAACAGGGUGAGGAGGACACAAGGAGCGAUGUAAUUUAUUUGAAUCUUUUGAAUGACAAAACCCCUCUGACGAAUGUCUGAUGUAAAUUGUAAACCUCGAGGUUCGGUGACUUUCUUAUAUGUAAUGCUGUUUGUUCAGUUCUGGGAGAUUGAAGACUGGGUAGAGUUUGGGUCACACUUUAUUUUAAUGGUCCGUUUGUUGAAUUUAAGUUACAUUGCAUCUACAUGCCGGUUAAUUCUCUUUAGAUUAUCAGUAGACUGUUAGCUUGGGGAAGGGGUUACGGUUAGUUUAAGUUGACAUGUACUUGAAAAGUUUCUUAUAGUGAGUUAAAUGUUUGUUGAAGGAGCAGUAUCAGUAGAUAUUAAGCAGACAGCCUACUAAUACUCAAAAGGACCAUCAAAACAAAGUGUUACCAAAGUUUGAGAUUGUUCGGCACGUUUACAGUGUUAGGCCUGCAGAAAGAAACCUGAUUAAUAAGUGAAGAAAAGAUCAUUUCUCCCUUUGAGACAAAAAAAAAAACAUUUUAGAAGAAAAUGAAUGCCCGUUAAAAUGAGAUGCUUCUAUUUUUAUAAGUGAUGAGAAAAACCUUUAAAAAAGUAGCCGAUUGAUUUUUGGUCAGUUUUAAUUCAUGUUCAUCACACAUUAUAGUGUUACAUUUUGCACUUACCGCACCAUAAACAGUUUGUUUUUAAUGUAUUUCAUCUCAUAUUUAAAUAUAAUAAGAGUUGGAGAUUGUACUGUUGAGGAACUGCAAAGAGUGAAGUUCUUACACCGUUUUCUGAAAAUGCGAAAACACAAUAUUCUAAAAUUGUUGAAACCUCAGAAACCAAAGAAUUAUUCAGUAUCUGAGGUCAAAAUCUGAUUGGGAAAAAUACAUCAGAUUCAUUUCAAUCAAAUUUAAUUAAACCCCCCUAUAUUUUAUUUGCAUCCUCUUUUAUUUAAAAAUUUGAGCUAUUUGUUUGCACUACAGAGUUUUCAAUUAAAAACAGAACACUUUUGUUGGCAUGUUGUAGCCUGAAAAUGAAAGUUUUUGAAAAUGAAAACUCUUUAACUAGUGAAACUUUUCAAAAACACGAAGGAAUUCUGUUAUUAGUUAAUGUCUGUACUGGAAACAUAAGAGAAUGCUUAGGAACGCACUGAUAUGUACAUAUGAAGAAGACUUUUACGUACAGUAGUUCUGUCUCGCACUCAAUGCUUUUGAGUGAAUCAGAGAUUUUUGUUCCUGUAGACUUGAAGGAAUAAUGCCGUCCAUCUGUGUCUUAGUAAAUCUUUUAUGUUAAUAGCAAUUCAUAGUUGAGUGCAGGAGAAUUGUUUUUUGCCACUUCAGUAAUGCUUGCAGAGUGAAGACCAUCUGAAAGGUUCUUUUCAUAGGUGUUUAGUUCCUUUCAUACAGAGUUGAUCUAAAGUGGAGUUUGUCAGACACCUGCUGAUAAGGCAGUCAGGCUUGAGCAUUCAGGACUUGCCAAUUCACAAUAGGUCAUAAAAGCAAUGCAACUCUCUUAGUGCAACUUAGAACAUAGUCUUUCUUCUUUAACUUUUUUCUUCCUGACAAGAAUAUAUUAUUUCAUUGUGUAGUCUAACAAGGCCCCAUUGUGUUUUGUACAGUGAUGGAAAGGUUUGUUAGGGAGUGCGGCUAUGUCAUAUUUUUCUAGACCUUUUCUGAAUGAAACGUAACUCUUACCUCAGCUAGAUAAUUGUUUUUCUACUAGUGAAUUACUCUGUUUAGAGAGGGUUAAAUACCUAAUUAACUCCUGGCUUUGUUUACUGUGUAUUCUUUUGUGAAAAAAAUACUAAAACUACUGUCAGUUAUUAAACUUGUUUAUUUA